AUGGCUGACAACACUCAGAAGAUGAGCUACCAGGCUGGUGAGGCCAAGGGCCAAGCUCAGGAGAAGGCCAGUAACAUGAUGGACAGAGCUGGCAAUGCUGCUCAAUCUGCAAAGGAAUCAAUGCAAGAGGCUGGCGAGCAGGUGAGGGCUAAGGCGCAGGGAGCUGUUGAAGGAGUAAAGAAUGCAACUGGCAUGAACAAAUGA